AUGAAAUCACUUCCCCCCGAGAUAAAAACCCCCGGGAUAAAAAGAGGACCGGCCAGUGAUACAGAGACAGGAUUCAACGAAAGCUGCAUCGACUGACCACUUUUCUUUUUCCGCGAUCCAGUCCAGUUAUUGACGACCAGAAUGAUGUCAAAGAAAUCGGGUGCGAUGGUUAUGGCGUUCGUUUGGUCUUGUUGCUGGAUGAUCCAAGUCAUCACAGGGACUCCAGUCGGAACACCGGAAAUGGAUCGAGGUUUAGGAGCCCCCUUGACUGCGGCAGAACUUGCAUGCAUUCCAACAUUUGGCAAAGCAGCACCUAAUGACUUGCCCACGUCCGAGGGAAAUGACAUCGUCAUGUUACCCAACAAGAACGCUUACGUUAAUCAAAAAUGGCCCAAAGCAAAUGCAAUUCCAUACGUCAUCGACUCGGCAUUUGAUGCCAAGGCGCGAUGCGCCAUCGGUUACGCCAUGACGCAGUAUCGCAAGUUCACCUGCAUCCACUUCGUCCCGCGAACGAAUCAAUCGGACUACAUCAAAAUCAACAAACUUGAUACAACAAGGUCAUAGACGAAGCGGAUUUCUCGCCAGAAAAACCUGCGAGAACUUUGGCCUCGACUCCGAUCCGGCUGGUCCUCAUUGAAACAUCUGCAUCCGUUUGCAACGAAACUUUUUGAAACGAGGGCAAAGUUGAUGACGUGAAUGGGCACCCCAGACCUUUUGGAUUCUACCCUGUGCAAUGAUAAAGGACAGUGUGAAUCGUGGGGGUUCAAUCCUGGCCAGCAUAAAUUGGAACACAGGUGCUCUAUGCAGACCUGAUGGUGGGCGCGAUUGGGUUGCCCAUUCCUAUUGGAAUUGGCCACGUUUAUAUCCCGACUAGUUGCUCCUGUUUCUAACGUCCCUCCCUUUUUCCCCCCGUUUGAAUCGAUUGGAAAACUGACGGCGGGGGUAUAAAAGACGUUCCCAUUCGUCGUUGGAUUCACAAACCCUCACAAUCGCCCGAAUAGAAAAUGAAGUUCCUUCCAAUCGUCUUCCUUUUGGCUGUCGUCUGUUUGGCCGUCGCUGCUGCCCAGGAGGCCCCAAACCCCAAACCCAAACCCCCCAGACCCCCUACUACAACGUCAACAACCACGUCCACUGUGAGAAAGACAACAACUCCUGUCACGACGACAACAGUCCGGCCAAUCAAAACAAGAAAACCCAAGAAAACCACCGCGACGACAACGACCACCAGCCAACCAACAACCACCACAACAGCAACAACAUCGCCGAGACGUACCACCACAGUCAACCCAGCAACGACCACGACUACUGCCCCACGUCGUACCGUCACCUGCACUGCGGUAGCUCUCACCGAAAUAUCUGAAUCACCUUGCGGGACUUGUACGUUGCUGACGCCAACGAGCGGGACGAUCCAGUCUCUCAACUUCCCCAACGACUACGGAGUGUACAAUUCUAGUGAUACGUUCAUCAACAGCCUCUACAAGAUCAAGGCCCCGCCGCGCAGGAAAAUACAACUGACAUUCACCACGUUCGUCGUGGAACAAAAAUUCGACCUAAUCAAUGUUUAUGACGGAAUAUUUCCGUCCGGGACGAUUCUAGCGGCAAAUCUCACCGGUUAUUCCCUCCCCCCUGCUCCAUAUACGACCGUCGAGACCAACCAAAUGUCGGUCGUUUUCGAUACGGAUAGAAAUAAUGCCGGUCUACCGUUUCGUUUGAGGCCCGCCAAAUGGCAGGCGACAUUCAAGGUAGUGCUCUAAUCCAAACAGCGCAAGUUCAUUCACGGCUGACAGUCAAAAUUCCCGGGCUUUUUAAUUCAUUUUUUUAAUGUGAAUUUGUAGUAGCUAAUAGCUAUGGAAAAAUAAUUUAAAUUCAGAAAUAUAUAAUCUCAUUCGACUGUCAAAAAAAUGG